AUGAUAGGCGAAGUUGAAAACUCGCCGCCAAGUACUCCCGGUACACCCAGCAUACCCGACGACUCCUUCAUAUCCCUCAGCGAUGCGCCGUCUUCACCACUAACCCCCUCCGCGCCUUUGACGACCGCAGCGCAGUCCUCGUCCUCGACCGCCAGCAACCUCUUUCGCAAAAUCAUCCGCCGCGAAGCCGCGUCUACUACUGACUCUGACGCCGGCGAACCGCAGCGGAAGCGCCAGCGGAUAGACCCCACAUCAGCAGCAGCGGCAGAAGAGGAGCAAGAUAGCAGGUACGCUGCGACGUCGUCGAAAGAAGCGAAAGCCGAGCGCGUGGCGGCGGCGAAAGCACAGCGCCGAAAAGAUAAAAAGGAAAAGAAGCAGCGGCAGCGUUUACUGCGACGACAGCGCAAGGCGCUGCAGAAGGCGGCGAAGACAGGGCAGGGUGAUGGCGAUGGGGAUGACGAUGUCGAGAUGAGCGAACAGUCGCAGUCGCAGUCGCAGACGCCGGCUGGGUCUUCGGAUGGGUCGAGGGAGAGCUCGCCGGUUGAGAUUGUAAAGUACGGUGGUACUGAUAAUGAGGUUAUAGAGAUUGACGAUAAAUCGUCGCCGAUCGAGAUCCCGGAUGAUGAUGAGGAGGAGGAGGGGCAAAUCACAGACGCAGAGGAUGAUGAAGUUGUGUCUGCUCCCGGAGACCAGUUACCGAAAGGAUCAACCCGCCCGCCGCGGUAUCUCAAGCUCGGCGUUGUGGACGGCGCAAUCACGGUGAUAGACAACCCGUUCAGCGACGAGGAAGUCGAGGAAGAGAAAGAGGAGUCUGAGAGCGAAGACGAGGCGGAUGCGAGCAAACCCGUCGAGCGCGCCGACCUGCUCGUGAAGCCCGCUUCUAAAAAGCGCAAGCGCGAGCUAGCUGCCGCAGCGGCAGCCGCCGCGGACGAGGAAGCGAGGAAGAAAGCGGUCGAGUCGAGCGCGGCGGAGCUGGUUGACCAGCGCGGCGAAGGGCGGUACUUUGGGUUCAUGGACGAUAUGGCGGGGCGGAUGGAGGUUGUGUGUCUGAACUGCCAUCAGCCGGGGCAUAUGGCAGCCGGGUGCGAGGUUGUUGUCUGCCAGACGUGCGGAGAGAUGGGCGAUCAUUUGACGAGGAAUUGUCCAAAGACGAGGCGGUGCUCGAAUUGUAAUAAGUUGGGGCACUUGUCUGCGCAGUGUAAGGAGCCUCGACGACAGAUUUACUGUAAUCGGUGUCGAUCCGACCUUCAUGUUCCGGAGACCUGUCCAAGUAUAUGGCGACACUACAAGUACGCGCCCACGAGCACAGCAAAACCGGUAGCAUCGAUAUUCUGCUACAACUGUGCCGCGAAAGGACAUUACGGAGACGAUUGCCCGGAGCAGCGGCCGCCGAUGCAGGCGUUUGGCGAGGGCUCUGUGUUUUCGAUGCGGGAGUUGCCGACGGGGUAUAAGCUUACCGGGGAGUUGGCUGAGGUUGUGGAUAGCAAGCGCAGCAGCAGCAGCAAUAACAACAGCAACAGCAGUAGAAACCGCGGAGGGGGAGGGAGUGUGCGGGAUAGUUACCGACCCAGCAGUGGUGGAUCGAACUACAACGGCGGAUCAAAUUACAACAACAACAACAACAACAACAACAACAGCGACAGAAGCCACAACCGAUUCAGCCGCCCCCCUCCGCCGCCAUCAUUCUCGUCGCCGCGCGAUAGCUAUCGACCAAGCUACGCGACAAGCAACCAUAGCUCUGAUCGCAACAGCAACAACAGCAGUCGGAACGCAAGCUAUAACGACGGCGAUAGGGAUGAUUGGUUUGCGCGGCGGCAGCAGAAGGCGCACGGGGGACGACCGCCGGCGACGCCGAGUCGUGUGGGUGGUGGGGAUGGGAGGGCGCCGGUUGUAGCGGGGGCGGUGAAUUUGCCGUCGUCGUCGUCGUCGAAGGGGAAGAAGUUUAAGAGGAAGUUCAAUGCCGGGAAGGAGGCGUUUAAGAAGUUGUUGAAGUGA